CAGAUGACCCCAAGACAACGAACAUGCCACCGGCAGACAAGCCGAUCGAUAUCGUGGUCCGCUUCUCGACCUCCGAUUCGGAUGUGGUCUUGAGUGUUGCCCAGCCGAGCAGCAUCUCCAUCGCGUCUCUGAAACUCUUGAUCCGCGACCAGCUGCCAGCGCCAACCUCCCGAGCUCGUCUUCGCUUGAUCCACUCCGGCAAAGUCCUUGUCGACGAUGCGGCACUAUCGAGGAGCGUCACCAUCACACAGGCACCGCCUCGGCGCGAUGAUGAGAACAAAAGUGCAAAGGCAAAAGGGAAGCAGCCCGCGCGAGAACCGGCAACAGUGGCCGCGAGGGUGUAUAUUCACUGCUCGAUAGGCGAUGUUCUGACAGCAGAGGACUUGGACCUGGAGAAAGAAGCGGCGCAGACGGCAGAUGAUGCUCUGCGCUCAAAGACUGCUGCCUCUACCACUCCUGGCUACCAACAGCAUCAUGAAACGACCACAACACUCGCGCCUCGCGGCUUUGAUCGUUUGCUAUCGGCAGGCUUCACCACUGCAGAGGUUGCAGCACUGCGUGCGCAAUUCCUCGCGAUUCAGGCACACACUCAUACGCCCGAUACUAUGCCUACUGGUCAGGAGCUGAUCGCUUUAGAAGAGACGUGGCUUGACAAUGGUUCGAAUCCAGCUACGGAUGCUACUCAGGAUACAGGAAGCUUCGGCUCAGAAGAUGCGGGUGGGCUCGAAGAUCUGCUGUAUGGAAACUUAAUAGGUUUCUUCUGGCCUAUAGGCGGCAUGUUCUGGCUGAUGAGAGAGGAAGGUGUUUGGAGUCGUCGCCGGCAGAUCUGCGUCUUAUCAGGCUUUCUGGUCAACCUGACUCUAGGAAUCACGAGGAUGGCGAGCUGAGCGCUAAUCCUGUCAUGCGACUCAUAUCUGCAUGAUCGUGGCCAUUGGUGCGCAAAUCACCUCCUGGACGCGAGACACGCCCAUCACUGCCUGCCACUCAUGGACAAAGGCAUCUUCUCGGCCAAUACCUAACUGACCGUUGUUGUUUUGGCCUGCCACAUACAGUGCAUUGCCUUCUGUUAGAACUGCUAUGUGACCGCUCCCAAUGCCGACAUCCAGGAUAUCAAGAGGCUCGUCAUCUGCGUUGCCUGGGAUGGUCACGAGGCUCACUUCACUGGGGAUCAGAGCCUUGAUGCAAUGCUCACUCCCAGGGGUCUGUGCUCCCCACUAGAACCGUCAAUACGCAGUCAGUAUCGCCUCAUCGCGCUCCGCGGUCGAGAUAUCGCAGUGCGAUAGUACUUACAAUGUAAAGAGCACCGUCUUCUGAGAGAGCAGCAGCCUGCCAGCCUCCAGCAGCGAUCAACUUGAUCGAAAUGCCUCCUAGCGCUUCGACUGCUCCCGGGCGAUGUGCAGGCACCGCCCCGUCACCAGCGACGUCGCGCCCCAGUGACUGAUAUCGAGAAUCGCCCCUGGGUCUGUCGUAAGCAUGUCAAGCCUGGUAAGAAGAUCUGGCCUACUCACCAAGUCCAGACAUCUCCGCGUUCCAUGAGUAGAAGGAAAUUCGCGACGUUCGCCUGGAGAGACUUUGGACGUCCAGGAAGCAUAUGGUGACUCGCGGGAUAGUUGGAUUCUCCACUCGGAUCCUCAUACCAGUGAAGAAACUUCUCAAAGGUGUCGAACUCUGUAAGAUGGCAGACUUGCCCUUCUGGAGUCUGCAUAGCUGUCAUGGCAAUGCGAUUAUUGCAUGCCUGUGCAAGAUAGCCAAUUCGUGGGGAUGCAUCCAUAGAUUUGCAUACUAGCCUUUGUUCUUCAACGACAUAGAGUCUUCCUUUCUCAUCAAGGCACCCGAGCAUACCAUCGUGAUCUCCAAUGGCAGACUUUAAUACGCCCGCAUCCGCAUCCAAAUCCAACUUGUGGUCUAUUUUCUGAUGUCCGACGCUACGAAUUCGAUCUCCCACAACAAUGACAGUCGUACUCCACCCAGCGAAAAGAACUCUCGACUGCGCGCUGCCAGUUCCGGCAAUGGGUUGAAACGUUUUGACAUCUUCAGUCGUUGUUGAAUCCAGUUGUCCAUGAGCAUUGAAUCCCGCUGCAUAAAGAGAUUCUGGAAGUCUGCCGUUCAAUGACAUCGUUGUCGUCGUCGUCGUCGUCGUCGUCAUCCAGAUGAAAUAAG